UGUGUGUCGACUAUUGAGCCAAAUGUGGGUGUCCAGCAUCACUUCUUGUCGGCAAUGUGUGAAAGAAGCCCGUAUGACCGUGUGAUCGGACACCAGAGCGAGCCCUUAUCUCCCACAGACAGACACACCGACGGAAAUUGCCUCUUGUUCCAGAUAUCUGCACGCUUCAAGCUUCCUUCCUCAAUGGCCUUUAGGCACGUUCUGUUCGGCCAAGCCUCGCCCAUGCCCCUGAGGACGGAUGAAGGUUCAAUAUGGCAACACCAACAUUUCUGUCCCUGGAGUUUGUUCUCGUACUGUGGGUUCUGUGUUUUCAACAGCACUGGGCUAAAGAAACUGAAGAAUGCUAUAGAAGAGAGAACGGCGGUGUGAAGUACGGGGGAAUAUUAGCCGUGUCAGAGGCCGGACAGUCCUGUGUGUACUGGAAUGAAACGGACGUGGUAUUCGCUGGGUCGGACGACCACAACUACUGCCGAGCCCCGCGACCAGGAGACCUGGUACCGUGGUGCUACGUGAGGACUGAGGCCGGGGAUCUGGUGGAACGUCGCUGCGAUAUUCAGCACUGUACAGUGUGCUACACGGUGACUGGAGCGGACUACAGAGGUAACCAGUCCCAGCCGAGGCCAGGUGGAAAGCCGUGCGUGUCGUGGACGGACAGGGGAACCUACAACAACAAAGGCGUCCACGCACACAACCAGGAGCAUCGGAACAGAGGCAUCGGAGAGCACAACUACUGCCGGAACCCCAGCACCUACUUCAGUCCCUGGUGCUACACUGGUAGUGGCGAGACUGAGUACAGACCUUGUCUCAUAUUGGAUUGCAAAGCACCAGGGUACCUGGGCUGCUAUAGUGACGAUGAUGGUAAUCUCAUUCCUAAAGGAGUGUCACCUCCAAGAUGGUCGCUCACCAUCGAGUCAUGCCUAGAACACUGCCGCCAGCUUUCCAGGCAGUACGCUGUCAUUCGGAACGGACAGGACUGCUACUGUACAACUGACGUAGUCAGCACAGCAAAACCGCUCAAACCGAGCAAUGCUUGUGGUGUCCGCUGCCUUGGCAACCAGUUUCAGUACUGUGGAGGAUACAAGAACACCGUAUCCGUUUUUGACACAAAUAUGGGAAGGUGCAACAUCUCUCGCUAUGGACAGCAAGGCACUAUCUACACGCCAAACUACCCUGGAUCCUACCCGAGUGCAACAGAUUGUUACUGGAACAUCAGUGUUGCCAAGGACCAUCUCAUCAAGUUUAGAUUCCAACUGUUCAGAGUAAACGAAGACAGCUGGGUGGGUGUGUCCGAUGCUGCAGGCAGGACCAGCGGUGUGAGGAUUACAGGUCAGGACCCAGUCGGUGGGUACGUCACCAGCUCGGCUACUGCGUCGGUGUACUUCCGGGCACGACCGUCACAGAACUCCGAGAAUCCUCGGGAAGAUGACGGCUUUCCUAAUGGAUUUAUUCUGCUGUUUGAAGCGAUCAGGAGGUGCCCGACACCGACAAUCGCUCACGGAGGCUUCGACGUCAUCCGGCCCAUGACCGUGGUGAGUGACGGCUCCGUCGUGGCCGGAGACACCGUCCAGUUCUACUGUGAUGACGGCUACAGGCUGACCGGGUCUGAACGUCUACUUUGCACGAAGAGUGGUGACUUCGACAGAGACGUCCCAGUGUGUUACGUGCCAGAGACCAUUGUGAUUGUAAUUGCCAGAACUACAAGAAAAACUACACCGGAACCGUUUCCGCUAACGUCCAGGGAAGGACCAGCUCUACACACAAGUGCUCCAAAAACAGGUGUAAGACCAACUACAGCACUACAAACUGCCCUGAGCACCAUCUUACAACCAGCGGCACGAGUUACAACUCUAGAAACAUCUAAACCGACACAAAGACCUACAACACGACCCCUUCGCCGGCCAACUAAAACCAAACCGCCACCAGUUCAAGGGACAUCAGUACCAUCAGGGUCAAGGGAUCACUCGACUGAGAGAACUACACCGGGGGCCCCAGGGUCCAGUGUCACACAACCUGAUGGAGUCAUAAAAGAUGGAAAGGCCACUUCCAAGCCACCCACCGUUUCCCGAAAACGCCCAAGCACUGGCACCGGAAAUGCAGAACAGUAUUCCACGAAAUCAACAUCUAUUGACGUGCCAUUUACUUCAAGAAGCACGCCCUUCACCUGGACCAAAACAACUGGUUGGGUGCCGGCCCCUUCCUCAGCAAAGUCAAGACCAUUUUACAGCACGUCAACUACAGAGACCAGGCAACAAACAACCGGUGGGUGGAGGGGUUUCCCAACGUUAUCCACACAGUCAACGCCUAGAACAGCUCAUCAGACGACAGAAUCUGCCAAGACAUUCCUGACGACCCCCGCUGAAGACUCGAGGACACAACAGCAAGACGUCGACGUCACCAAGGACUCAACCGCGAAAGCCCACAGAUUGGGAUUAAACAUCUUCGCCCUGAUCGCAAUCGCUGUGGCGGCGUUGGCGUUCCUAUUCCUGGUGCUGAUACUGGUCAUAUGGAGCUGCCGAAGAAGGAACCACAAGAUCAAGCAUCAGAAACUGGAGCUGCUGAACUACAGGACAGAAAUAAGAGCGCCCUCUGCCGGCGGCACCGCACCAGAGAACGUGCCAAUGUCAGACAUGUCCUCGAGUGGACAGCAGGGUGACCACAUGGCAAAUGGGUCCGCCGGCCUUAAACCCCAAGAAGACGCAAACAUGAGUGACGACAUUGACUGUGAUAUUGAACCAGAAGUGACGUAUAUGGAGCUGGAUCUGACCCUGAAUUGGGACGCUCCUGUCAGAAGAACCCAGCCGGAGACGGUGUACGCUCAGAUCCGCCCUCCGCCAGACAGGACUGGAGCUACUUAUGCAGUGUAGAAAUGCUUAAUUUAUAGAUAUGGGAGUACAACGAAAACAUAGGUAUCGCAAAUUGUCGUCUAUCAUUUCUAAAUGAA